CCCGAGGAAACACCCUGCACAACAUGCUUCUCCUCCCAGCGGCUGCUCUGUGCUGCCUGUGUUCAGGUGAGUGUUUACAGCCAAUCAGGGGCUAACAAGCUCCACCUCACCGCCACACUCACCUCCGUCCAUCUGUCUGUCUACAGCGCUGGUUGCCAUGGCAGCAGAGCUGACUCAGGACCGGUUGUAUUUGACCGUGACAGUUGGGAAAUCGGCCUUGUUCACCUGUCGAGGAACUGAUCAGUGUUACCGGAUAAUCUGGUUUCAGAAGAAAGACACGGAAACGUUCAGACAGUUUCUUUAUAUUAGAACAAGUGAUGGUUCUAUUUAUCUAGAUAACAAUCAUCCUCAGAAAAACGACUUCACAGCUAAGAGAAAACAGACCAGCUCUGAGUUGGAGAUAAAGAAAGUUGAACCCUCUCAUGCAGCCACGUACUACUGCCUCUGUUGGGACGAUGAAGAACCCACAUUAAUCUUCGGCUCAGGAACCAAAUUGUUCGUAACUGUUACGCCGGUGGUGACGCCCGUGGUGAGCGUGUACCCGGCAGCAUCCAUAGCCACCCUGGAUGGAAAGAGCUCCCUGCUGUGUGUGGCCUCGAACAUGCCUCCUCCCCUGGUCCAGUUCUCCUGGACAAGACAGAGGGAGGGUGGUCCUCUGAAGAACCUGUCCUCUGCUCAGGGAGAGCAGCUGGAGCUCAGAGAGGCAGGACGCACCGCCGCCAUCAUGGUGGUCGACCGGCACGCUUCCUACACAUACAACUACAGCUGCCACGUCAGGCAUGAGGAGGUCACAGUGAAGGCCCCGGCAGAGCAAGAGGUUUGUGCACUUCCAGCACCGACGACUCCAGCAGCCUGGGCCUGGUCUCAGCUGCAGGUGAAGCUGCUGUGUCUGCUCUACACGCUGCUGAUGGUGAAGAGUCUGGUUUACUGCUGUGGACUUGCUCUGAUCAACAUCCUGAGAAACAGAGAGCGUCCAGCCGCUGCACACGAGACAACGGAGUUUCCUCCAGCAGCUUCAACUUCUCACUGACUCCUGUUGAGUUCACUGUGCUUCUCUUUUGACUUCAAACAUUUGCCUGAACUGUAACUUUGCAAAGUAUAAAAUAAAGUUUUUUUUAUGCUGAAGACAUUAAACAUAAAAAUAAAACACAUCUCAUCUCCUUUACAUCUGAUGUGAACUGACUCCUCGUCUUUGUGCAUCAACAAUAAUUCACACUGACGCUCUUUCACAUUAACCCUGUGUUGCAUGAAUUAUUACUUAAACAUGUUAAAAACAGGUUUUAAUGUGUUUUAUGCUGCACAAGAAAACAAAUGGUUUAAAUACAAAGUACAAAAAGAACA